AGUCUGAAUUUUUUGUUUCUUGCCUCACUAUAUGGCCAUUGGCGAUCUUUGCUUUUUGUAGCAUAAGACACCGCAAAUGUUGGAUAGGGUGCAGCACAGAUAGCAGCUGGGUGCGGUGGUUAACGGGGCACAUUAAUCGCCGUCACUUAUGUAGGUCACUUAGCAGUUUACGUACUUGAUGUAUCAUACUACAUAGCUACUCGUUCCUUCUUUGUCGAACAUUUUCACCAACCCUCGACAUGCAGGCCUUCGACAGUCUUUCCCCUGUCCCAGAUAUCCUCAGUACUCUGCAAACUGUCCUCGCAAGUUCACAAGUGAUCCUUUCUGCAGACCUCAAUACCCCGUAUUCUAAAUUCCCCAAUACCGACCAUUCUACCAUCGAGCUCAAAGACCGCAGCAUCAGCGCCCUCAUCAUCGAACGCCAGCAGCAGUUAGAUGCAACUUUUCACCAGAUCUCAGCCCUGGAAACCGUGAUGGAUCGUCUAAAAGAUCUUCAGACACAACUUGUCGAAAAGACGCACAAGAUCACCCAGUCCAUGAACUUGCACAAGGGACUCCUAUCGCCUCUCUGGCGCCUGCCAAACGAGGUCUUACCCCUGAUCUUUAUCCACUGUCUCCCGACGCACCAUCACAUGUGGCCCACCUCAAGGCUAGCUCCCAUGUUAUUGACCAAAAUAUGUCGGCGAUGGAGGGCGGUUGCUACGAAUAUGCCCAAAUUGUGGUGCAGGCUGCAUUUACAAGAAGCCGAAGGCAGAGACUGGCAGCGGAUAGCUUUCUGCUACAAUUCAUGGCUGGAGCGGUCACGAGGAUUUCAGCUCUCUUUAUCACUAAGGAGUUUCCAAGGUCGCUUGACCAAUACACAAAGCCUCCUUCAGCCUUACAUCAAUCAAAUCUCGUCUCUCUCUAUCCUUGUUUUUCGCCAGGUCCCUGAACUUAUGAUGACAGACCUCCUAGCACUUGAAGAGCUAACCGUCACCAUCUCCUAUCUUGAUGCUAUUCCAGCUAUUGCGCCAUCCAUCUCACGACAGUGGUUAACCCUUCGCAGUCUUAGGCUAAGGGGGAUGGUGUUCAACCUCCAUUACUUAUCGUAUCUCGACUCCGUAUGGGCGCACCUGACAAAUGUCGAAAUCGCAAUGGAUCAACCGAAUGCAGUCAUUCAUCUGCUCCGUCUGUGUCCCAACCUCUCCUCGUUCGCGAUUCACGCAGCUUUCAUGCACACUGGCAUACAGGCCGUAGAGCCAUUCACGCACACCAAACUUCAAUCUCUACACAUUGAUAGCAGUAACUCUGGACUCACAAACAAUCUGUCUCAUUUGUUCGAUGCUCUAUCACUCCCCAAGUUACGCGUAUUUGAAGCUCGAUACGUACGAACAUGGCCUCAUGAGGAGUUCAAGGCAUUUCUGGUACGGUCGAAUUGUCCUCUGGUGAGCCUGGAUAUGGGCUUUGGAGUGACGACGACAGAUGAGCAACGAGCGGAAUACGUUGCUAUCAUCCCUUCCCUCGAAAUCAUAGUGGAUCCCAUGAGUCGCGAUCACUUUAUAUAGUAUACAGACUUAUUGUUACACAGGUCACGAUCCUAACAUGAUGAUAUUGGACUUCAGAUCUCAGACUUGAACUAUACACUUACUCUACACCAUUAUGUAGCACUGAAAUGCGUCAGAUGUCCUUCGCAGAUCUCAAUAACUCCAUAGCUUGUCCUUCAUCGACAUCCACAAUCUGUUAUGGACUAGGAUAGUUCGAGCUCUCCCUAGGCGGAUUGCCUAAUCUGAUAGCGGGCUCGCUAUUGGAGAGACGGGGAUCUUCUCUCAAAUGAGAGGUUCGGGGGUUCCACUUAAGGUAGUGUCGGCUUUCCUUAAGGUGCGGCUUAGACUGAAGGACUGGGACUGUCUUUCAGAGGAAGUUCUGGAUAAAACCUAGUAGAAUCAAGUAGGGAAUAUACAUGAUUCUGUCUGCUCUAUAUACUGUCGUCCGUGUGCACAGACCAAUACUGCGUUCG